AUGGCAGCCUCUGCACCCCCUUCUGAGCUCAGGAUUCUGAUACUUGGUAAAAACAACCAACAGAUUUCAAACUUAAGUUAUUUCUUAGGAAGAGGAAAAAGGACUCCGCUUCAGAAAACACUGUCCAGCAAGGUCUGGCGUCAGGCUUCUGUUUGUGGAGAGUCGGGUGGAAACGCUCCCACUGUGGUGAAAGCAGAGGAGCUCUUUGGUCUUCCUGAGGGGGAGAUCAGACGUGAGCUGGAGCACUGUGUCGGCCUCUGCCCCCCCGGCCCGAGCGUCCUGCUGCUGCUGCUGCCCUCAGACUUCACUCAGGAGGACCGACAGAAACUGGAGUUCGUCCUGGGCCUGUUCAGAGAGGACGCCCUGGAGCAGGCGCUGGUCAUCACGCCACAAGGUGACCUGCGCUGGAACUCCUCGGUGGAAAAACUGGCCCGGGCUUGCCGAGGAGGGCGGCUCCGAGUCAACUUGGAGAAAAACCAGUGCUCAGAAGAUGGCCUUCAAGAAUUGUGGAAACAAAUGGAGAUCCUGCUGAACCAUAAUCGGGGUCGACAUCUGACCCUGAAGGAAGGAGGGGACCCUCAGCCCCUGAACCUGGUCCUCUGCGGGAGGCAUGCGGCCCUGAAGAGCUCUGCAGCCUCUGCUAUCCUGAGAGGGCAGCGAGGGGCGGCCGGGCGUCAGGUGCACCUGCUGGAGCUGCCAGCUCUGUAUGGAAAACCCCAACGCGCCACAAGGAGUGAGUCGGUCAGCCUUUUCUCUCAGUGUGGGCCGGAAGGGGUCCACGCCUUCCUGCUGGUCCUGCCUUUAGAUCGCCCCUGUAAGGAGGACAGAAAAGAGCUGGAGGCUGUCCGGGAAACGUUCGGGUCCUCGGUGGAUGGUUUCACCAUGGUUCUUUUCCCG